UUUGAAUCUGCUGCUAGUACAUGGGAACUUUUUCAAACAUGAAACUGGAUUUCUUUUACACUUAUAUCUUUGGCGGUGAUGGGCAGUGAGUACUUCCGUGCUCUUUUUCAGUCUGGAAUGCGAGAAUGUCAGCAGAAGGAAAUAUCUUUACAAGGACUGACUGCUUCUAGUUUUAAUAUUAUGCUUAGGGUCCUGAGAGGGGAGAGACCUAUCUUAAACUGUGAGGAAAUUAUAGAGGCAGUUGAAUGUGCUGCUUUUUUGCAAGUAGAGACCCUUGAACAACACCUAAGUAACAUUAUUAAUUCAACGAACUGCCUUGUUAUGUGUCAUUCUGCCUCGGUGUAUGGCUUACUAAAUUUAUAUCACAAAUCUGCUUUAUUCAUAAGGGACAUGUACUUGGAUUUAAAAGAGUCAUUAGAGUGCAUGCCUGAAGAUGUUGUAGACUAUAUAGAGUCCCUCAGUCCCAGUACAUUUGUUGCAGUUGUGGCUCACUCCCCAUCUCUUGAAUUCCUGCAAGAUUUUUCAAGAACCAUUUGUUAUUUGGAUGAAGAUGAAAAAACAUGGAAAACACUAACUGAAUUGCCAGUUGAUGUUAGUACCUUCCUUGCUGGAAUCACUGUUUUGGAUAACAAACUCUACAUUGUAGGAGGAGUGUAUGGUGCUAGUAAGAAGGCAGUGGAGUACAGCUUCUGCUAUGAUGUUGAUAGUAACACCUGGAGCAAGUUUUCCUGCCCCCAGCAGCUCCGAUAUAAUUUAACAUUGACAGGGAAAGAAGGCUAUCUUUAUGCAAUUGGAGGAGAAUAUGAAAAGACUGUCAUUUCCUCAGUUGAAAAGUAUGAUAUUUCUAAAGGAACAUGGUCCUUUUGUUCUCAUCUGCCACAACCAGCUGCUGGAGCGGCUUGUGCCCAAGCUAUGAGCAGAAUUUUCCUUUGUUUGUGGAAGCCAUUGGAUACCACAGAUAUUUAUGAAUAUAAACCUAGAAAUGACUCUUGGACACUUAUAACAACAUUGAUUAGGCAACAAAGCUAUGGACAUUACAUGGUGGCCCAUAGGGAUAAUCUUUAUGUGAUGCGAAAUGGACCUUCGGAUGAUUUUUUGAGAUGUAUGAUAGACUGUUUUAACAUUACAACUAACAACUGGACAGCCCUUGCUGGUCAGUAUGUUAACAGCAAAGGUGCACUUUUCACAGCUUCUGUGAAAGGAGACUGGGUGUUCACUGUAAACCGAAUGUUAACCCUAGUUUAUUCUAUAGAGGAGAAUAAAUGGAAACCCAAGAAAGAAAUGAAAGGCUACCCUAGAGGAGGCUCUAUACAGACAUGUUUUCUUCGCCUCCCACAAUGUAAAAAAGAUCAGUUCAUUAAAAGUGUCACCAAUGACAGUCAAUAGUAUCCAAGGAACAGAUGCCUUCAUAAAAAUAAAUGAUAAAUAAAUACAUUUUUAAAGUAACUACAUACGUAUUUACUGCCAAAAUCUUGUAAAAUGUGUCUUUUUCUAUAUAAAAUAGCUUUAGAGAAAGUAAUUGGAAAUUUUUGAUGUUUGAAAAUAAUUCAUACUAUGUAAUAGCAAAUAAUAUGAGUAAUUAAAGAUUUUGAUGUUUUUAUUUUUA